AUGCAUUUCUGGAUAGAUAAACGCAGCCAGUGCGCCUACACCGGUCGUCACCGUGUACCAUCUUCACUCUCUGCUGGGAGGCCGCGCACGCGCGCGUGCGGCGGCGGCGCGGGCCCGGCGGGCGCGGGCCGCAAGCCCAUGGCGGCGCCGGUGCAUCGGUUCGCGGCCGUCGACUGCCCGCCGCGCCGCCCGCACCGCGCCCGCGCCAGGUAUGGGCCUCCACCGAUGCCUCCUGUUCACACCUCGCGGCGCCAACACGAUGAACCGAGCCUCUAUGUAGAGAUACCACCCGAGCCCCCGCAGCCGACCAUCGCCAGCCUGGCGGCGGCUCGCAGCGUCACACCUGAUACUCUACUGCGGACUGCGGCGCUCGGACUCCAUCACUCGCCCAUGAUGGCUCCACAUCUCAAGUUUGGGAUGCUCGUCUCGUUUGCAUUGGCUACUGUCUUCCUAGCUGGUGCUAAGUACUAUUUUGAUCGACAGAUAACGCGGGAGCGCGUAGGCGCGGGCGCGGGCGGCGGCGCGAGCAGCGGCGAGGUGGGCGUGGUGUGCGCGACUGUAGCGUGCGUGUGCGGCGUCGGCUGUGCGCUGUCGCUGCGACGAGCGCGCCCCUCGCCCCCCGCGCGUCCCCCUGAUCGCGUCUCCUCCACCGCGCAACGCGACCGCCCGCCUCCCCCGUCGGAGCCGUCGGACGACAUCUCGCUGGCGACGCUGCUGGGCCCGGAGCGCGCGGCGAGCACAUCGGGCGGGGCUGAUGGCGAGGCGCCGCCGCCGUACAACAUCGCGGUGCUGAUGCCGGCGCGCGGCUCCCCGCCGCCGCCCGCCUACAGCGCGCUCAGCUAGCUGCCGCCGCCCGCAGAGGAGUUCAUCAUCUAGGAGGCGCGCGGGCCGCCUCCACACGGUCAGUCGAUCUCCUCCUACUCUAAUGGACACUGGUAGUGAUAUACGUGUAACUAUUUAUGCCGGCGACUGUACUUCGACGAAUGUAUAAAAUUUGGAACUACUUAGUGCUAGUUAUAUAUCAAUCGAUGACAAAAUAUGAGUAAAAAUUCAAAUUAAGAACGUCUAGUUAAAGUAAUAUGGCGUUUAUACUAACCCACCUAGAAUGAAAUUUAAUAAAAAUUCAAAUUUAGAACGCCGAGUAGUAUGGUCACAUACGCUCGGUCAACCGACAGAUCAUUCCAAUGCGAAUCCAAUAUGUCCGAUUGGUACAUUUGAUUGCUGCAUCGCUCAAGUGAGCGAAGAAAAUACACAAUACAAUGAAAAAAAUGUAAAUUUUAAAAACUAUACACGAUUUGUUGGAUUUUGUCUGAUAAAAGUCUUACAAGCCUUGCAAGCAACGGGGCAGAUUUGUAUGUAUUCCAGUGACGCUUAGAACUGAACAAGUGUUGGUAUAUUCGGAACUCUUCCAAAUUUAAAUAAUUGGUAUGUACUAUUUAAAAGAAAAUUAUGAGAGAAAUGAAUUAUAAAUUGUGGACCAUAGCGGUAUUAUGUUCUUAAUUUAAAAUAAUAUUGUAAUUUGGCGCCAAUAUAUUGAUUCGACAUGACCGCUGUGUGCAAGCGAGAUGGAAAUUGGUGUACGUUAUAACGGUGAAUGAGAUGGCAAACAACUAGUAACUCUGUACUUACUCUACGUCAAUGCUCUUGUUUGGCAUCUCUGCCACAUAGUUUUUUACUCCACUAAGUGAAGUCAGUUGAAAGAUGUAAAAUAAAUUAGCUUCAAUUCUAUAUUCAAAGCGUACUCUAAUCUGGUUUAAGUUUAUUUGCUUAUUUUAAUGUACUUAUAAAUCGAAGCACUUAAUAUUAUUUAAGUUUAUGCAAAAAUGUAUUUUUUAAUGAUGUGCUUAAACGGGUAAGGGUGCCUGGUAUGUACAGGGAAUUGAAUGCGUUCAGAGAUCUUCCGAAUUUGACUAAUGAGAUAUUUGGUCCCAAUGGUAUACUUAAAAGAAAAUUGUGAGAGAAACAUGCAAUGUAAACUUGGCCAUUGUGGUACCAGUGUUGUAUUCCGACUGAUAAGUAAUUAUUAUAUUUUUAAAUAUUUAGUACUGACUUUGUCUGGUUUUUUAACUAAAAGAUAAUGUAUUAAAUAAUUUCAAAUUAUCUUUUUUCAUGUAAGUCUCUUACAGACUCUUAUGAUAUGUCAGUUCGUAAUGAUUUCGAGAUUGGGUACUAGACAACUGAUAUAAAUACUCAUGUAUACAAAUUUGUACCGUGCGAGUAAUCGAACACGCGAUCAUGGAAGUAGAGAGACUAGACCACCGAUCAGUCUCUUUUCUUUAACGCAUUGCAGUACUUUUUCCAUUUCUUAGUUAUUUUUAAACUUUCGUGUUUAAUAUACAUUAUUUAUAUUAUUAACCAGGUCUUAACACGAAUAUUUUAUGGCAAAUAAAGGUAUUUAAUACCUUUUUCAUUUCUUAUUUUAUCUUACCAUCUACUUCUUUCAUUUCCUUCUCCAACACCACAUUUCAAAAUCUUCCAGUGUGUUCCUUUCAUUUUGAGUCAAUGUCCACGUUUAAUAGACAUAUAAAUCUAUACACCAGAUGUAAGUCUUGAUAUCUCGUUUCCGAUAGGUCUGUGUUUUUGCGUCAUCACUACUUAAUUAUAUGUAUAAAAAUAAUUUAUCAGUCGGAAUACAUUUUGAUGGUGAUUGUAUCAUAAAAUAAAAUUUAGAUAUUUAUGUUAUAAGAAAGACUUAGAUAGAAUACUUCAGCAAUGGUGCCGAUUUUGAUAAGUAUGAUAUUAAAGAAAGUAAAAAUCAUACAUCAACAACGAGAGGGUAUUAAAAUGUAACUUUUUAGAGGAGAUUGAACAUAGUCAACGAGAGGGAAUUCUCGUUAAAUGAAAUUUAACUUUUUAAAUUACCCGUCAUGUUACCUAACUAUCCAACUGUAUUAUGUAUAAAAAAAGUACUACUUGUGCCUAUACUUGUAAUAUUUCUGUCAACACUCGAAACCCUUCUGUUAGUACCCCUCCACAUAACAUAGAUUUAAGUUCAGUGUAAAGUUAGUCCACAUUACGACUCCGCGUCGAAUGCACGCGUUACUAAUAAGCCAUGUAGCAUAUUAUCAAAUAAACUUACAAAAAAUAGUGCAAUUCGACGACAUCGGUGGUCUAGCGGUCUAGCACACCGCUUUACGACCGAUGGUCGCGGGUUCGAUUCCUCGCACGGCACAAACAUUUGUAUUCAUGAGUACGAUUGUUUGUAUCGGUCUGGGUGUUUUCUAUGUAUAAU